AUGUCUGUACGUGAGAAGCCGGUCCCCGGCAAAUUGCUACUGGACGACACCGUCCCGCUGACGGCGGUAAUCGAAGCCAGCCAGAACCUCCAGUCCCACACGGAGUACAUCAUCCGGGUUCAGAGAGGUGUUUCUACAGACAACAGCUGGCAGGUGAUUCGUCGCUACAGUGACUUUGACGCUCUCAACAGCAGCCUCAUGGUUUGUGGCAUCAGUCUGCCUCUUCCUCCUAAAAAACUCAUUGGAAACAUGGAUCGAGAAUUUAUAGCAGAGAGACAGAGAGGACUGCAGGCCUAUUUGGAUUCCAUUACCCAGCAUCCUUUGCUAUCUAGCUGCCUAUUCAUUAAAAAGUUUCUGGAUCCCAACAACUACUGUGCCAACUACACAGAAAUAGCACUUCAGCAAGUUUCCAUGUUUUUCCGGUCAGACCUAAAGUGGGAAGUCCUGGAGCCUCUCAAAGACAUGGGCUGGAGGAUCAGAAAGAAGUACUUUUUAAUCAAAAACAAAGAGCAGCCAAAAGAGAGGUAUCUACUCAGCUGGGUGGACCAGGGUCCUGAUAAGUUCCUUUCUGACAAAGACUUGCAGUCAGCACUCAAGCUGCUCACCAGUCUGUCUACGCCGUAUCUCUGUCCACUGUUGUUUUCCAGCACUGGUGAAUCUUCAGCUCUACUCAUCCGGCCAUUUAGUGAGAAAGGCUCCCUGAGAGACCACAUCUGUAAGGUGAAACCCAGAGAGAGUUACCUGAAGAAAUACUGCAACCCUAAGAAGAGCCAGGGCCUCGAACUGUCAGAGAUAAAACUGUACGGCCGUCAGAUCCUAGAGGGUCUGAAGCUCCUCCAUGAUGGUGGUCUAUUUUUUGGGCACCUCCACGCAUCCAAUGUUAUGAUGGACAAUGGCGUGUGUCAACUGCUGGAUGUAGAAAAUGGCAUGCUGGGAGUUCCUUCAUUGUUACGACCAAGUUUCACCCAGUUUAGGAAGAUCAAUACCACAGAAAGCAUUGACGUCUUCUGCUUUGGACACUUACUGUUCGAGAUGACGUACGGUCAACCACCAGACAGUGUUCCUGUCGAUCAGUUCCCCUCUGUCUCCUACACAGCUGUGGUGUCAGUCCUGCAGUCCAUUCUGACGACAGAGGCCUGUAAGAGUGGGAUGCCGACAGUGUCACAGCUCAUGCAGACACCUCUGUUCAGUGAUGUCCGGCUCCAGCAGUCAGAAAAACAACAGAUUAAGGUUCCAAGCAGACUCAAGGAGGCCUUAAAGACAGCGAAGGAGAGCCUGGAAAAAAGGCUGCAGGAGGAGCAGAGAGUGCUUUACCAGCACAAAAGGCUGACCAGAGCUAAAUCCCACCACGGCUCAGAGGAAGAGAGGAAGAGGAGGAAGAUUCUGGCAAGAAAGAAAUCCAGACAGUCGGCUUAUGAAAAUGAAGAAGAAGUGUCGGUCAGAAAUAAUAACAACUCUGGUUCAGGAGCAAGUUCCCCCCCAACAUGUCCAUCAUCCCCCACCCCUCCAUCCACUACAGAGCAUGCUCCAUUUUGACCAUAUUGCAGGGUAAAGUAAAAUUAUUUACAAUGUCGCUUGUGACACUUGGCUGUUUUUAAAGCUGUCGUAUACCCAGGUUCCGAGCGUGCCCAGGUCACUGAUAGAUAAUGACACACAGUUGGACCAGGGUGUAUGCACAACUUUAUCAAAACAUCACAAUCUGCAAUGACUUCCAGAAACGAGAUAUUCUGAGUUUUUCCGGAUUCCAAGCCUUUUUGUUCUCAUUGAAGAUUGUGAUCUGUCACUCUUGUCUGGUCAGUCGGGGAGCAUGUCAUCAUCUGUAUUUGUCUUUCCUUGUUUUGGUUGGUAUGUGUGCUACUGCAUAUCGGGGCGGUUUGUUACAGCGGAGUGUUAACUGUAAUAGUUAACUGUCACACUUUCAAUCUGACAACCAUUUACCUUUGCUGUGAAACGUUUAUUUAGUGCCAAAUCCUACAAGGUGGAUAACCAUUGGAUACCUAUCUGAUAAAAGACUACAUAAGAAAGUGGUCUUCAUCUUUCUUAACAGUGUGUAAUUUGGGUUCUCUUUGGGUUCUGCAGUUUUUUUCUCAUAGUCAAAAAACAUGCAGAAGGUUAACAGUUCAAAUUGACAGUAGCUGUGAAUGUGAGUCUGAGUCGUUGUUGUUCACCCCAUCCAGGGUGAAACCCCACUCACCCUAUGACUGCUGCAAUUUGUUUCACCCCCGUUCUCCCCAGCCCCAUAAGACCCUGAAAUGGAUUCAGGAGUAAAAGAUAAACACAUAAACUAGUAAUUGCACAGAGCUACCACUUUAGUGUAGCUGUACACCUCUAAUAAUGCUGUGACACAACUUACUUUGUUCCUUAUUCAGGUACAUGUUUAUGGUUGAUCCAGAAAAUUUGGCUUAGGUUAGUUCUCUUCUCUGAGUUUUAGUGGUAGCCCUGCAUCUUUGACAUUGCAUUACUGCCACCUUGUGGGUGUAUAUUUUCAAGGGUUAACAUUUCAAACUAAGAUUCAAACCAACUAUUAGCAAGAGAAGAUGAGUUAAUACGAACUAUAAGGUUCCUGCACCCUCCACCCUCAAGUUUUAAAAAUCUAACUUCAUACCAUUUUUAUUUCACUGACCCUUUGUUUAAACUCUGGUUUAAACCUGCUAUACUUAGGUCUCCUCUCUCCAGCUCCUGCUUUGGUAAAGCUGCAUGUUUAUUGCUACAUGUUUCAGAUCCCCAGCAUACUUCUUUCUGUUGGUAAACUCUGCCUUUAUUUAGGAUUUUGGGGUAAACAUUGUUGAAAAGAGAGGCUCCAGGUUCACUAUCAACUCACCAUCAGUCUGUCGUUUCUCAACGCGAGUCUGGUUCUAACCCAGACACAGAGGUUGUUAUCAUCAACUUUUGGCCCGCAGGUCAAAUCUGGCCGCCCAAACUGUCCAAUCUGGCCGGUGACUGAAUUCCAAAAUAAACAUGAAAUAAUAAUGUUUGACAAAAAUGUAAUAUUUAUUUCAGUUUAUUCCAAUGUCUGUUCAUAAACAUCCUGGCCCUCUGACAAAUAAAGUUGGUGAUCCCUGUAGCUGAUGGUGGGUUUACUUCAGCCUGGAAACUGAUCAGCAGGAGCUGCUUUCACAAAGAUGAACUCUCUAAAUGUUCUUGUUGAGCUACUUUAAAAAAAUACAUUUUUAUUCACUUUUACGAGUUAACAUUGCAUUUAAAAAAGUGGCAGAAUUACUGAAAUCAGGCAGGUAUCUGUUCCUAGGAAUACAUGCACGUGGUGUUAAAUGAUCCAGAAAUACUAGUCUUUGUCAAUUAUCCUUUAUAAUAUUAUAUAGUUGUAGAAUAAUAGUUUAAUAAAUGUUUAUUUUAGUCAGACUCGAGUAGGGACACAAAGAAAAAUGAUGAGCUUCCUGAUGAUUUGAAAUAGAGAGCGGUGUCAUGUGACCACUCUUUGAAUGAAAUGGAAAACGACAGACAUGAAUCUGUCCAACAACUCUUUGUGAAACCAACAUCUGUAGGAAGUCAGACCUACCAGUUGUACUCUCAUUCAUUCUUGUCUCUGACCUUUCUUUUCUAAUCCAGGAGCCCAGACUGCUCCUCCCCCACCCCCUCCUCUGCCACCUCCUGUUCCCCCCACGCUGAAUUCAUCGUCCUGUCCACAACCUCCUGUUCUGUCUUCCUCCAAUGGAGCGGGGGGAGGCCGUGCUGCAUUGUUGAGCUCCAUCCAGUCCUUCAGUAAAGGCAAACUGAGGAAGGCUGAGACUGCGGACCGCAGCAGGCCCGCAACCUGACCUCCACCCACUGUCUGUCUCUCCGUCAGCUGGAAACAUCAUUACAGUGACAUGACGACACUGUGGUUCCGCAUUGUGGUCUGGUUCAUGUCCUUGAUUCCUGACAUGUGAAAAAAAAAGUUUUAUUAUUAUUUCUGGUUUUAGCUGAUUUUAAUUGUUUAAAACCUAUUGCCUGGGUGAGAAGGAGCAAAGACCAGGCUUCAGUCUGCUUUUUCAAAAACUUGACAAUCACAACUAAAGGUCUUUGUCUGUGUCUGAAGACGUCCAACGUGGUAAAACUUUCCUGGUGGGAAUUUCCAGCUAAUCUGCUGCUCCAGCAUGUAUUCAGCAGUAAACGACUUGGAGUCUUUCAGGACGUCUGGAAACAUGGUUGACUCUGACUCAGUCCUAAUCUCGUUCGAUCCAGCUUCCCUUCUUCGAAGCCUUUGAAAGGUAGCAUUGUCUCUGCAGCUCUGGCACUGCAGGACUUCAAAUGAAGACAUUCAUCAGAGAAGAUGUGAGAUGCUUUGGGAAAAACAUAAUCUUCUAUCCAUUUCUGACUGUAAUAAUUUCCAGUAACCUUAAAUCAGUUUUUUGCAUGACUCAAAAGAAAGUGAACUUGUUAAAAGCAACACAGACCAGUACAAAAGUAGAUUUGUUUCCAAAACAAGUCAGAAAAUAUUGUUGUUAAAAAAAGAAACACAAAAACAACCUUAUUUGUUUGAAACUACACAAAUACUCCUGGUAGGAAUGAGAGGGAAAUGAAGAUUGAUUUUAAAACCUACACUUUAUCAGGCACAAUUUUUUUAAAUAAUUAAAAUCAAUAAUUAUGGAGAAUUAUGAUUUUUCUGUUGUCCAGUCCUUUUUUUCAACAAAUCAAACCAAAUUCGUCACAUUAAACAUAGAGAAAUGAAGAUUUAAGGAGAACUUGAAUUUGACGAGGAGUAAGCCAUUGGUUUUUUAGUUAGAAAUUUGAAAAAUUCAUGAUUCAGAUUUAUGAUUUUAAUUUUCUGCUGUCCUUCAGAUUUGUGUUUUCUCACAAAGAUCAAGAUGAAUCCAAUGGGGAAAAAUAGUGACUCCUAGUGACAUCAAACUGGCACUUUAGUUGUAAAUCUUUUCAAGGCAAUGAAGAACCCCAGGUGACUGCAAAAGAACCAUCUCUGAUUUUACUUUAACUCUGAAUCUAAUCUGAAUCCACCAGCUCAUGUGGUCUAAUCUGAAUGUAGUAAAGAGUCGCCUUACUUUAAAAUGUCAUGAUUAUUGGAUAAUGAUAGGCUAACGUCUGAUCCUCCACAUUGUUUAAAGAGAGUUUUUAUAAAAUAAUAACUAAUAAAUUUCAUUUUAAAAGUGAUAUGUUCCUAUGUUACUUUGUGACAGUUACCUUUGUCAAACUAUAUUUUAUCACUUUAAGCUUUUGAAUUUUUUGACUUGGUCCUUCUAACUCAUUAUAAAUUAAUUAAUAAACUAUAGCACCGUGGCCUGCAAUUAUGGAGACAAUCAUCUCUAUAAUUAUUUGUUACCUUUGGUACACGCCUCCUCCCAGCUCCCCACCCCAAUAUUUGGCAAAGAGCCUUAUUGUGGCAUUUGAUAGUUCUUUUCAGAAGCAUCUUGUGUACAAUCCUGAAGUGUGCAUGAAUUUGUCUUUAUUUUUACCCUGUUGUGGUUUUACACAGUUUGUCAUCAGCUGAAAUUAAUUUAAUGUGCCAUUUGAUUCACUUUGCCUGAUUUUUCUUUUUUGUUCAUCUAUAGUUUUAAAAUCAAUAUGAUUUUUCACACACAUCAACCUAUUGUUUAUAUUAAAUUGACUUGCAAAUCUUGGGUCACAUUUUACCAGAAAAUUAUAAAGUAAUACAACUCACAGUUUUUUGUCAGUGAUAACGAUUUAAUAUUGAUUUACAAACUGACUUUGUUACAGUAUAUGUGUUUUUGUGGAUGUGUGUCUGGUUAACUUCUAUAUGUCUUCAUGAGUGCAGCUGAAAAUGUUUGUGUGCCUAGUACUUAUAAAGACAAAGUUGUAGCAGAUAAUAGUAUUGUAUUGUGUCAUAGCAGCCACAAUAGGUACUCGACAUCUUAAUCUUGACACUACAUAAUCAACUUCAACAUCACGAUAACAAAUUUGAGUUUGUUUUGUUCAAGUGUAGCCACUUAAUACUCCUAUUAUCCUCGGUGCAAUCCAGUUCAAUGCAGUAGUGUUGACAUCUUGAAUGGUCAUUGUGUCUUUUCCCCCAGCACUUCAAAUGUGAGAGACAAGCCCAGAGUUGUGUUUUGUGUUCACCAAAUAAAUUUGUAAAAUAAAGUCAGUCAAUUCAAAGCACUAUGUGUUGAAGUAUAAUUCAGUGUUCAUGUUUUGCUAUAAACCUGCCUUCAUUAUCAACAACACCAGUGAGUAUGCUGCCAUUUAAAAAAAUCAUUUUGAUUACUGUAAAAAACAUGUUACUCUUUUCCUUGUAACAUUACUUAUUACUUAAUGUGUUUACAUUGUUAUAUACUGUACAUGCAUGUAUAUAACAGACAUUAUUUUUAAUAUGUAUAAUGGAAAUAUUUUGAGCAAAAUGUAUUUGUUUUUAGUUCAUUUGUUACAGUGGCAAGAAUAAGGCCAAAUAAAAACGCUUGGCAGAAAGUCCUUUCA